AUGCACCGCGCGCUGGCUUCGAGAUGGCUCAACAAUGCGUUGAACAUCGCCGAACGGCCCCGGCAGCUGGAGCUGCCUCUCUUCCUGUGCCCAUCGGCCAGCUCGACACGGCGCAUGUCAGCCCAGUGUGCAGUCGCAUACUCGUCGAGAGUUCGCGCUUUACCGUGGAGGACGCCUAGGCGGUGCUUGCAUUCGCAUACGGCUGAUCCGACGACGACAACAACCGCGUCACCGGUGCCGAGUAGUAACAUACUCGAAACACCUAUUCAAAGACGCAGACUACCGAAGCAAUGCAGCGGCUGCGGUACCCUGUCGCAAACUUCACAACCCGAUCAGCCUGGCUACUUCGACCUCGGUCGCAAAGCGGUUCGAAGCUACAUAGGCGCCGACCAGACCACCGAUCGUUCCCGUGCCGAGGACAAGAUCUAUGAGGAUGCGCUGAAGCACUUUGACCAUAAGGAGCUGGAACAUAAAGGGGUAGACGUGGAGGCACUGGCCAUGAGUGUGGUUCCCUCCGAGACACGCCCACAGCAAACCCCGAAGAAGCCGCUCUGCGAUAGAUGUCAUUUCUUGCUGCACAACCAUACUGGGCAGUCAAUAUACCAUCCAAGCAUGGAUUCAAUCAGAGAUACCCUCAUGGAGUCUCCCUACAAAUAUAACCAUGUCUAUCAUGUCCUCGACGCUGCCGAUUUCCCCAUGUCCAUUCUUCCGCAGAUCUCGCAGCUGCUGGAUACCAUGCCCUUGCGAACCAAAAAUCGUAGGUCCAGAGCCGGCAAGUUCUACCAUGGUCAGCAGACCGAGGUGAGCUUCAUUAUAACCCGGUCCGACCUCCUCGCCCCGACGAAGCCUCAGGUGGACACUCUGUUCCCGUAUUUGCAAGACGUUCUCCGUGAUGUGCUCGGUCGCUCGGGGAGAAACGUUCGCCUUGGAAACGUGAGAGCUGUCAGUGCCAAGAGAAGCUGGUGGACAAAAGAGCUCAAGGAAGACAUCUGGAAACGCGGUGGGGCUGGCUGGAUGGUUGGCAAGGCCAAUGUUGGAAAGAGUCAGCUCUUCGAAGCUGUCUUUCCUAAGGGCAGGAUGGACUGGGAACCGUCCAAACACCAAAUCACGGUCGACAUGCAAGCACGCACCGCGAGAGAGAACGCUCUGUCACCCCCAGAGACGGAGUCGGAAACGACCCCUGAGCCCGAAGAGGAUGCUGAAGCCGAAGAGAUGGACCCAAACGACAAUACUGCAAUGGACGAGUUCUCGCUCUUGCCCCCUGCACCGAAGGAGACACAAUAUCCGGAAAUGCCGCUGGUCUCUGAUCUGCCAGGAACGACAGCGUCCCCUAUCCGAGUACCCUUUGGAAAUGGACGGGGCGAGCUGAUCGAUCUACCUGGAUUGGAGCGUACCGGCCUAGAACAGCACGUUAAGGAGGAGCAUCGUCUGUCUCUAGUCAUGCAGUCGCGCAUCGUACCAGAGCAGUUGACCCUUAGACCGAGCCAGUCCCUGCUUCUGGGCGGUUUUAUCCGCAUCACUCCACGAGACCCUGCCCCCAUCAUGUUGACGUAUUCUUUCACACCUAUUCAGCCUCACAUAUCGCGGACCGACAAGGCAAUUGGUAUCCAGGAGCAGACAGGCGAGGUCAAUAUCGACAACAUUGCUGUACCGGGCACAGGGGAGAAGACCAAGCUGGCCGGCUCGUUUGAGCUCAAGUGGGAUGUGACGAAGCAGCGGACCGGUCCUCUGACUAGAAAGGACGCCGUCGGUCUGAAAGUGGAACGGUUACCAUAUCGUGUUCUCUCGACCGAUAUUCUGAUUGAAGGAGUGGGAUGGGUCGAGAUCGUGGCUCAAAUGCGCACCAAGGACUUCUUCGCACCAAAGCCAGACGCAGAAGCAGUCCACAGGGCAAAACCUGAACCCGAAAGGAAACUGUCCUCUCUCGAACGGCUCGAGGCUCUCGCUGAAGUUCCACAGAGGCAUAAAGCCCCGCCCGUGGAAGAGAAAGCACAGGGCGAGCCCAACUGGCCCAUUGUGGAUGUCUACAGUCCCGAGGGCAAGUUCAUCUCGUGCCGCAGACCCAUGAACGGCUGGAUGCUGAACAAGCCGAGAGUGUCGGCUGCGUCGCAGAGGCAGAGGCCGCGGAAGAGCAUGAAAGGGAUGAAGAAGCUCGAGAAGCAGCGCAGGCGCGAGCGGGAGGCUGUCUCCGCUUCAACUGUAUAG